AUGGUCACAAAACAGCCUGAUAGAUUAUGUAUCUUAGGCUAUACAUGCAUUUUGAUACUUAAAAAUACAUAUACAUAUUACUUUUUUUGUUUGUUUUGUGACAUACAUCAGGUCUGGGCAAGAAUAUGGUAUGUCCUUGCUGAACAUUUCGUAGCUGCUGGUAGCCAUCAUGAUGAAAAGAUUGCAAUGGAUGCCAUAGAUUCUCUGAGGCAACUGGGGAUGAAAUAUUUGGAACGUGCUGAGCUCACCAAUUUCACUUUUCAAAAUGAUAUUCUCAAACCGUUCGUUAUCAUCAUGCGGAAUACUCAAAGUCAGACCAUAAGGAGCCUAAUUGUUGACUGCAUCGUUCAGAUGAUAAAAUCUAAAGUUGGAAGUAUAAAAUCGGGAUGGAGGAGUGUUUUUAUGAUAUUCACAGCAGCUGCAGAUGACGAAGUUGAAUCGAUAGUUGAGAAAUCAUUUGAGAAUGUUGAGCAAGUUAUUCUUGAACACUUUGAUCAAGUGAUCGGAGACUGCUUCAUGGAUUGCGUCAACUGUCUCAUCAGGUUUGCCAAUAACAAAGCUUCAGACCGUAUAAGCCUGAAAGCUAUUGCCCUUCUCAGAAUAUGUGAGGAUCGGCUUGCAGAGGGACUUAUACCUGGUGGUGUUCUCAAGCCCGUUGAUACCAAUGAGGAUGAAACUAUUGAUGUGACAGAGCAUUACUGGUUUCCGAUGCUUGCCGGUUUAUCCGAUCUCACAUCUGAUUUUAGGCCCGAAGUUAGAAACUGUGCUCUGGAAGUGUUGUUUGAUUUGCUGAAUGAAAGGGGAAAAAAGUUUUCGACACGUUUCUGGGAGAGUAUCUUCCGUCAGAUCUUGUUUCCAAUUUUUAAUCAUGUGAGUCAUGCUGGAAAGGAAAGCUUAAUAUCUUCUGGGGAUGUAAAAUUUCGUGAAACAAGCAUUCAUUCCCUUCAGCUCCUCUGCAAUCUCUUCAAUACGUUCUACAAGGAAGUUUGUUUUAUGCUGCCUCCACUUUUAAAUUUGCUCCUAGACUGUGCGAAGAAAUCAGAUCAGACAGUUGUCUCAAUUUCUUUAGGAGCACUGGUUCACCUGAUAGAGGUUGGAGGCCACCAAUUUAGUGAGGGCGACUGGGAUAUGCUCUUGAAAAGCAUUAGAGAUGCAUCAUACACAACUCAACCGCUGGAGCUGUUGAAUGCUUUGAGUUUUGACAAUCCGAAAAAGAACUUAGUUCUGUCAGGAGAAAUAGAGGCCGAUGCCUCUGAGUCUCCAAGAGGUGAUCCUAAUCCGGAUGAUAUUAAAGAUAAUGGGAAAGUUUCUGCUCAGGCAUCUCCAAGGAUUGGUACUCAUGGUGCUUCCCUAGAAUCUGGGAUACAGUCUAAGUCUGAUGGUUCUGAAGGUCGACCAUCCUCAUCUGGAAGGGCUCAAAAGGAUGGGGAUGAUGUGAAUCUGCAGCGGAGUCAGACUUUUGGUCAAAGAUUCAUGGACAAUCUCUUUCUUAGGAAUCUCACAUCCCAACCAAAAAGCUCUACUGCAGAAGUGUCUGCUGUACCCUCUUCUCCAUACAAGCAUGAGGAUCCUAUAGAGCCUGACAGCAGAGAAGAAGAGAGCCCAGCUCUGGGAACUAUUAGAGGCAAAUGCAUCACACAAUUACUAUUACUCGGAGCUAUCAACAGUAUCCAGCAAAAAUACUGGAGUAAUUUGAAAACACCACAGAAGAUUGCGAUUAUGGACAUCUUAUUCUCUUUCAUAGAUUUUGCUGCUUCCUACAAUUCAUAUUCUAAUCUUAGAACACGUAUGAAUCACAUUCCCGCGGAGAGGCCACCUUUAAACCUUCUCCGGCAAGAGCUGGAAGGAACCACCAUAUAUUUGGACGUCUUGCAAAAGACAACUUCUGGGCUUGCAGAUGAUGCAUCUAACACGGAAGAUAGACUAGAAGGUGCAGCGGAAGAAAAAUUGGUAUCGUUUUGUGAACAGGUGCUGAAAGAAACAUCUGAGCUGCAGUCCACUUUGGGGGAGACUACAAACAUGGAUGUUCAUCGGGUACUGGAGCUGCGUUCUCCCGUCAUUGUGAAGGUUUUGGAAGGCAUGUGCUUUAUGAACAACACGAUAUUCAGGAAGCACAUGAGAGAGUUCUACCCUCUGCUGACGAGACUUGUCUGCUGCGAACAGAUGGACAUACGAGGUGCACUAGCCAACCUUUUCAAAGCACAAUUGAAGCCACUUUUGCAACAGUAAAUGAUAUAUACGCCAUGAUAUUGUGGCAACAAAACACUCUCAGUGUCAUUUACUGCCCACAGUUUGGGUUGUUUUUUUUCCUACAUUGGAAUGAUUUUUCUCCUGAUUAGAGAGCACAUCCCAAUUAAAUUGCCAGUGGUACUCCUAUCUUAUAUUUGCGUCAAACUGAAAACCUCACAUUUUAAGGCAUUUUUGGUUGAUUCUAUAAGAUGUUGUUCGUAAA